AUGUCCCCUAAUCAAAGUAAGCUCGCUCAUACAGACACCGCUACUGCCUCCAAUGUGUCCUCUGUCGCCCAAGCCACGCCGGUGGUGCCCGGAGAAGCCUCCACCCAAACGAAUGGUCCUCCAGUCCUCCAGGCUCCUGCCGCCAUCGUCACCACAUCGUCCCAAGAGGCUGCCAUCAGUGUCACACCAGUCCUCACCCAAUCAGCUCAAUCCCAAGAGACAACUCGCAGACCUUGUACUCGUUGCAGCGAGGCUGAUCCAACCAUCCCCGAGUUCGUCGAGCCGCAAUGGGACCGUCAGAACGGCGGCAGCAUUUUCUCCGGAUUCCGUCGUACCUUUGAGCCGUUCGCCUAG